GAAGCCAGAAGUGACAUCACUUUCCAGAAGUCCCCUUCAGGUUUGAUCGGCUGAGAGGAGCAGCGAAGCAGAGACGGCAAAAUAAAGGCAUUCGCUGCUAUCUGACAUUCCGGAGCGUUUGAGCUGAUUUUACAACCAAACAUUUACAAGCAUGUCCCUGUACCCAUCACUCGAGGACCUUAAGGUCGACAAGGUCAUCAAGGCUCAGGCCCAGUUCGCCCAGACUACCACCCCCAUGCCAGCCAUCACUGAGGGAGCCUACCAACCUCAGGCUGCCACUGCUGGGAUGCCAGGAUCAAGCCUGUACCCGAAUCUGGAGGAGCUGGGAGACUACAUGGGACUGGCCCUCAACAGCGAUGAGGUCCAGAAGAAUUUGGCCUUGAUGCCUGUUGCUGACAAUCAAGUGGCACUGCCCUCAAGCUCAGGUGUUGGAGGGAUGGUGCGGCCGGUGACCGGAGCAGACAUCGGUAUCAGGAGGGCAGAAAUCCGCCCAGGGCUGCGGGAGGUCAUCCUCUGCAAGGACCAGGACAAGAAGGUCGGACUCCGGCUCAGGGCCGUCGACAAUGGAAUGUUUGUCCAGCUGGUGCAGGCUAACUCUCCUGCUGCCCUGGCUGGGCUGCGCUUUGGGGACCAGGUCUUGCAGAUCAACGGGCAGAACUGUGCUGGGUGGAGUGCGGACAAGGCCCACAAGGCUCUGAAGGCAGCGUCCGAGACCCGCAUUGAGCUGGUGGUCAGAGAUAGGCCAUUUCAGCGCACCGUCACCAUGCACAAAGACAGCUCAGGCCACGUGGGCUUUAUCUACAAGAAUGGAAAGAUCACCUCACUGGUCAAAGAUGGCUCUGCCGCCCGCAAUGGCCUGCUGACUGAACAUUACAUCUGUGAAAUUAACGGACAGAAUAUUAUCGGACUCAAGGACUCUCAGAUCAAGGACAUUCUGACCACCUCUCCAACCACCAUGACCAUCACCAUCAUGCCCAAGUUCAUCUACGAGCACAUGAUUAAGAGGAUGUCCUCUGGCCUCAUGCGGUCAGCCAUGGAUCACUCUGUCCCAGAGGUGUGAGGACUUGGAAGCUGACUAGAAGCUGUCAGGAUGUCUACAUUGCAGAUUCUCUCUCUCUGUUUUCCUUACUCAUAUGUGUCCCUCUCUCUGUUUCUGUCUUCAUACCAAACCGCCUCCUAUAUCACAAUCAUCAACUCCGCCCUUGCUCAUGUGUAACAUAAUCUUAAGAUGCCUUUAUUCUAUUCUUUACCUUUUCUACAUUUCCCUCACCUGACAUUAGUAUGUUUUAUAUGUUAACCUAGUAGUCUGAUAUGUUUUUUAUUUGAGAUUAAGGACAGUAAUUAUGUUCUAUAGCCUGCACACUAUCAUGAGUCCAGAGCUUCCUGCUCUGUGUGGAGAUGAAUCAUUGACAGUUUCAUAAUGCUGUAAAAGCUGAUGGACAGCCAUCAGAGUCCAUCCACGCAGAUAUACAGCUGCGCUCCCGAUCCCUGCACUUGACCCCUAAUGUGUAAAUAAUCUUGAGCUGAAUUAACACCUGCACACUCUUAUGAAGAGGUGUGUUGUGGAUUCCAGUGUACAGUCAUUUUUACGUGGCCGGUAAAAGUGAUGGUGAAUGAUUAGUGUUCAUUUUUUUCUUUCGACAUUAAAGAGUUCCCAGAUUUUACCUCCCAGGUCUGAGUAGCACUUUCCACCUUUUCCAAGAGAUGGCGACAUAUCAUUGUAACACAUUUCCAGCCUCUGACAUUAAGUUUACAGAUACUGUGUGUGCACAUUCUGGGGGAAAGUGUAGGGAAAGGGUGCAGCAGUACAUGUUCAUUAACCUAUGCAGCUGGGACUGUUCAAAAACACUCUGUAAGAGCUAAAGACAUGAGUAAGAAGAUCCCAGCGCACCACAGGCUGCAGGAGCCCCGUGCGGCUCUGUGCUUCAAAGAAUCUAGGAAACAGUCUGUGUUUGUUUGGAGGGGUCGGCACCAGGCGGACCCACUAAGUGCACUUUCCAUUAACCUUAUAAGAGGUCCUCGAUCCUCUGUCCAUUUCAAGUUCAACCUUUCUAUUUUCUCAUAAUUAUUGUCUUUGUGAUGCCUCAUGUUAGUGAGAGAAAACUUAAAGCUUAAAUUUGAUGCUGAAAAUCAACCAUUCAAAUGAAAAGCAUUUAAAAUCCGGUGAACCCGCCGUCCUCUGCUGUGUUCUCCGAGGCCGUCCCUGUAAAAUUCCUUCCUUGGCUGAUGGGCACAGCAAGACUCAGCAGAGCUCACAGUUGUGAAUUUCUACUUGUUAUAUAAAAUGUUUUCCUUUUAAUGCUGUUCACGUUCAGAUGCAUGUGUUAUUUUAAUUUUCUAGGUAUGCAAUCUGAUUAAAAAAACAAAACACAAAAAAAAACAAAACGCUGUCAUACUGUAAAAAAAAAA